CUUAUCGUCCACAGCUCCAGGAUGGCAUAAACCCUGCAUCCUGAGCCUAGAGAGGGCUCAGGGACGGACGGCGGACACAGCUCAUUAUCCCCAACCCAGUCAAGAACCCAACCUCCGUUUCCUUCCGCCACCACCGGAGCGACUCCGAGAGCAUAUCGCGGCGAUUUGCGCUCUCACAUUUCUCGGAAAAAAUUUAGGUGGUGCUCUGUCGCCAUCAGGAACGGCGCGCGGGAGCCAUGGAGCUCUGCUGCUCGGGUGUCCUAAGCGGCGGCGCCACGCGAGCAGCGCCGCCGAGGACCCCAAGGCACCGGAACAUGGGAGCCUCGUCCCCUGGAGGACUCUUGGUGACCCCACCCAAGCGGCGGCGAGGCGGCCGCGCCGGCUGCCGCCAGCUGGGCCCGCCCGCGCCGCCCCGCCACGAGCGGCGAGGGGCGGGCACGGAGAGCGUCGUCCACAUGCUCAGGUCGGCGGCCGGUCCCGCCGAGGCUCUGGAGCUCUUCAAGACGGCGGCGCGGCAGCCCACGCUCGUCCACACCACGGAGUCGUGCAACUACAUGCUGGAGCUGAUGCGCGCCCACGGCCGGGUCGGGGACAUGGCGCAGGUGUUCGACCUAAUGCAGAGGCAGAUCGUCAAGACCAAUGUCUGCACGUUCGCCACCAUCUUCAGGGGCGUGGGUGUCGAGGGCGGGCUCCGGAGCGCGCCUGUGGCCUUGCCGGUGAUGAGAGAAGCGGGGAUUUGCUUGAACGCGUUCACCUACAAUGGCUUGAUUUACUUCCUCGUCAAGUCAGGCUUCGAUAGGGAGGCAAUGGAGGUUUAUAAGGCUGUGGCAGAGGACGGUAUUGCGCCGAGUGUGAGGACCUACUCCGUGCUGAUGGUGGCGUUCGCGAAGAGGAGAGAUGUCGAUUCAGUUCUCUGGUUGUUGGGUGAGAUGGAGGCUCGCGGCGUGAAGCCAAAUGUGUAUAGCUACACCAUCUGCAUUCGGGUUCUUGGGCAGGCUGGAAGAUUUGAGGAGGCGUAUCAAAUUCUUGGGAAAAUGGAGGAUGCCGGGUGCAAGCCGGAUGUCGUUACAAAUACUGUGCUUAUACAAGUCCUCUGUGAUGCUGGUCGGCUAAGUGAUGCCAAGGAUGUAUUUUGGAAGAUGAAAGCGAGUGAUCAAAAACCUGAUCGUGUCACAUACAUUACUCUCUUAGACAAGUGUGGUGACAGUGGCGAUUCGCAAUCAGUGACAGAAAUUUGGAAUGCAAUGGAAGCUGAUGGGUAUAAUGACAAUAUUGUUCCUUAUACUGCAGUUGUGGAUGCAUUAUGCCAAGUUGGGAGGGUCAAUGAAGCUUCAGCUGUGUUUGAUGAGAUGAAGCAAAAGGGUAUAUUGCCUGAGCAGUACUCAUAUAACUCCUUAAUAUCUGGGUUUCUGAAAGCUAAUAUGUUCGACCGUGCACUGGAGCUCUUCAACCAUAUGAAUAUUCAUGGUCCUAGUCCAAAUGGCUACACGCAUGUACUUUUCAUUAAUUACUAUGGUAAAUCUGGCCAAUCUCUGAAAGCAAUUCAAAGAUAUGAGCUUAUGAAGAGCAAAGGGAUUGCUCCUGAUGUUGUUGCUGGUAAUGCUGUUUUGUAUAGUCUUGCUAAAUCUGGAAGACUUGGAAUGGCAAAAAGGGUCUUCUAUGAAUUAAAAGCCAUGGGAGUUUCUCCAGACACUAUCACCUACACCAUGAUGAUUAAAUGUUGCGGCAAGGCAUCAAAGGCUGAUGAAGCUGUGAAGUUUUUCUCUGAUAUGAUGGAAACUGGAUGUGUUCCUGAUGUUCUUGCAGUUAAUUCUUUGAUUGAUACGCUCUACAAGGGAGGCAGGGGAAAUGAAGCGUGGCAACUUUUCCAUCAACUAAAAGAAAUGAAAAUUAAGCCCACUGAUGGUACAUACAACACACUUAUGUCAGGAUUAGGAAGAGAAGGUAAAGUGAAGGAGGUAAUGCAUCUGCUUGAAGAAAUGAGCUCAAGUAGUUAUCCACCUAAUUUAAUUACAUACAAUACAGUUCUAGAUUGUCUCUGCAAAAAUGGGGAGGUGAACCGUGCAAUACAUAUGCUGUACAGUAUGACUACGAAAGGUUGCAUACCUGACCUUUCAUCUUACAACACUGUCAUGUAUGGCCUUGUUAAAGAGGACAGAUUUAAAGAGGCAUUCAGGAUGUUUUGUCAAAUGAAGAAGGUUCUUGCUCCAGAUUAUGCAACAUUGUGUACUGUCCUCCCGAGUUUUGUGAAAAAUGGAUUGAUGAAGGAAGCUCUCCAUACUGUUAAGGAAUACAUUCUUAAGCCCGAUUGUGAUAUGGAUAGGUCUUCGUUCCAUUCACUAAUGGAAGGGAUACUGAAGAAGGCUAGCACAAGAAAGUCAAUUGAGUUCGCCGAAAACAUAGCAUCAAAUGGAAUUCUCCUAAAUGAUUUCUUUUUGUGCCCAUUGAUUAGGCACCUCUGUAAGCACAAGAAAACUCUUGAAGCUCAUGAACUCUUCCUAAAGUUUAAGAGUUUUGGAGUUUCACUAAAAACUGGCUCAUAUAAUUCUCUUAUCUGUGGCCUUGUGGAUGAAAACCUGAUUGAUAUCGCUGAAGGCUUGUUCGCUGAAAUGAAUAGAAUCGGAUGUGGCCCAGAUGAGUUCACUUACAAUUUGAUUCUUGAUGCCAUGGGAAAGUCAAUGCGGAUUGAGCAAAUGUUUAAAGUCCAAGAGGAGAUGCAUCGCAAGGGAUUUGAAUCAACUUAUGUUACUUAUAACACAAUCAUUUCUGGUCUCGUAAAAUCAAAAAGAUUGGACCAGGCUAUAGACUUGUAUUAUGAUCUGAUGAGCGAAGGCUUCUCUCCCACACCAUGUACAUACGGUCCUCUUCUCGAUGGGUUGUUAAAAGCUGGAAAGAUAGAAAAUGCAGAAAGUCUUUUUAAUGAGAUGCUAGAGUAUGGUUGCAAACCUAAUUGCACCAUCUACAAUAUUCUGCUGAAUGGACAUCGAAUAGCUGGUAACACAGAAAACGUUUGUCAGCUUUUUCAGAAGAUGAUCGACCAAGGAAUAAACCCAGAUAUAAAAUCCUAUACAGUUCUUAUCGGCACCCUCUGCACAGCUGGAAGAUUAAAUGAUGGUUUGUCUUAUUUUAGACAACUGAUGGAAUUAGGACUUGAUCCUGAUCUUAUCACCUAUAAUUUGCUCAUUGAUGGCCUUGGAAAAUCUGAUAGAAUAGAGGAAACAGUCUCCCUCUUCAAUGAGAUGAAGAAGAAAGGAAUUACCCCAAACUUGUACACAUACAAUUCACUAAUUCUCUACUUAGGAAAAGCAGGGAAGGCUGCUGAAGCUGGGAAGAUGUAUGAAGAACUACUGAUGAAAGGAUGGAAGCCUAAUGUUUUCACAUAUAAUGCCCUUAUCAGGGGUUACAAUGUUUCUGGCAGUACUGAUAAUGCAUAUGCUACCUAUGGUCGGAUGAUUGUUGGAGGGUGCCGACCUAAUUCGAGCACUUACAUGCAACUUCCAAAUCAAUUGUGACUGAGAAGUUAGUUAUAGCGUGUACUUAUUUCUGUAUAGUUUUGUCUAUAGUGGGAAAAUGAUCAACUGUAGAUAGUAGCCAAUACUUUGUUCAACAGAUCUGAGGGUAUUCUUGGUAUUAUUCUAAAUUAAUGUUCCACUCAUGCUAGCAGAAGUUUAUGUAAUAUACAAUUGAAGGGACCAUGUGCUCCAUUUUCACCGACA